GCUAGUGGCCAACUAUUAUUAUGAAUAUGUUAUGAUCAAGAAGAGACUUUGUACAGAUUAUGGGACAGUUUGCAGUCCUUGAUCCUAUCAAGAGUGGAUCGUAGACCACAGACUGUCAGUGACAUAGCCAGGACCAUGGAGAGAGACCAUUGCUGAGGAGGUGGGGAGGGCAAGUUCCUGUCCAAUCAGAUGAUCCUACAUGACGAAGUUGCUCGUAAAGAUGCAAGUCUGAUGACAAACUCAGGAUGAUGAACCUGAGGAUUUGUACCAACCAGGUGAGGUGGACUCCAACGAGGAGAGCUUAUUUAGCGGAGCUCCACCUAGCAACCAGCGGUAGCAACGCACCCGGAGUGGAUCUGAUCAUUAUAGACAAUGAGAAACUAAUGCUGGAGAAUUAUGCGGCCAUUUUUCAGCCUGGCCAGGUGUUGAGGAGACAAGAAGAGGCACUGAGAAUGGAGGUAGAGGCCUACUAUGCUGCUAAGAAAGAGAGGGGCCUCACGUAAACUGGCCACUCAGUGUGACUGUGACCAUGUGACUCUUUAACCCCUCAGUUCCCGAGCCCCACCCCUCAAUGUCUGACUCGGAAGAGGAGAUAGACUUUGUAUUCUGGGAGAAGGCGUCCACCCUGCCCUCGGACAAGACCCCAACCAAGGACCUGAACUUGUUAUGAGACUGUUAAAUAUUAUUUUGUAUGUACUUCAUGUCAUCAGACAUUUUGUUGGACUUAAUAAAAAAGCUUUUUUUCCGACAUGCAAGAUAAUAAUAUCAAGAUUGCAAAGAGAAACCAACUGUUAAAUAUUACUUUGUUUGUUCUUGUACGUACCACUUCAUGCCAUCGUAUUAACUAUGUAUGAUGAAAUUCUGUUGC